AUGAACCACACAUUGUGGGCUGAUUUUAGUGAAAACGGGCUGUUUCGGCAGGUGGUCGCGAAAAGAGCCGACCGCUGCCGGAAAUGCCCGAAUGGCGGAGAGGGCGGGUCAACGAAAGGGGGCGAGGGGCGUGGCGAGCCGAGCCGGGACGGAAAAACCCGAGCGGCGGAGCUCGGCGGAAAGCGACCAAGGAGCGGCCUGCGAGCCCUGAUUGGCCAAUCGCCUCCGAGGGGGCGGGGCGUGCCUGGCCGUGUGGCGCCGAAAGGGCGGGGUCAGACGCCAAGAUGGCGGCGGGCCGCGGCGGAGCCUCCGUGCGGAGUCUGCAGCGCUCCCGCGGCCCCCUACACGUGCCCGCGCUGCCACCGCCGCCUCUGCUCCCUGCGCUGCUACCGCGCCCACGGCCCCUGCGCCGAGGCCUUUUACCGUGAUCAGGUUCUUGAGGCGUUGCGCGCUGAGCGCAAUUCUCCCCCAAGCCCCGCGCUGCCCGGGCUGCGCGAAGGACGCGAGCCCGGGGAUCCAGCGCGGCCUACAAGCCGCGGGCUGUGGGAACAGCUCAGCGAGGCGGAGCGCGGCAGGUUCCGGCAGCUGCUGAGUUCCGGGGAGGCCGCGGCGCUGCUGCCGCAGUGGCGGCCGUGGUGGUGGCGCGGGCGGGGGCGAGUGGAGGAGCUCGGGGACGGCUCGGGGGCCGAGGAGGAGGAUGAGGAGGGCGGCGAAGGUCGGCCCGGCCCCGCGCCGCCCGUCCCGGCCUCGGUGCCCCCGCUGAGCGCCCUCCGCGCCGCGCCCCCGUCCCCCUUGGUGCGGUUUCAGCUGCCGAACGCGCUGUUCGGUUACGCCUUCGCGCUGAGCCUGCACGGCGGGGACGAGACGCUGCUCCCCGAGCUCCCCGACGCCGCCAUCGCCGCCUCGGCCGCGCUCCGCGACCGCCGCCCCUUCACCAGCACGGCCGAGGCGCUUCUGAGCGCCCGGCGCGACGCCCGCGCCGCGGGGCUGCCCCUGAGCCCCCUCGGCGACAGCGGGGCGCUCCUGGCCGUUGUGCAGCUGCUGGAGGGUCGCGAUAGUCGCGACCCCGGCGCCGACGUGGCAGCGGCUUUGUGGCAUCUGUGGCGACUGCUGAGGGCGGGGGCGCGGGCGCUCCCGCCCCCCGAGCGGAGCCGCUUCCGAGGGGCCCGCAGGAAGGUCGGGUUCCUGCUGAGCUGGAGCCGGGGGGCCACCGAGGAGCUCGCCCAGCUCGCCCGGGAGGCGUGGGGAGUUCACGCCGAGGUGGCCGCGGAGGAGGCCGGCGGUGGCCAAAUCAGGGAGGGGCUGGAGAAGGUCUGGGGGGGGCCCCGGCCGCCCCCCAGGGAGGAGCGGGUAGAUCGGUCACCCUGGAUGGUCACAGACGGGGCCCGUGUGGAGGAGGUUGAGGAUGUUUCUGGGGGUCCCCGGCCGCCCCCGGCUGUCGGUAGUGACAGGGGGGUGCAGGGUCGGCAGCUGAUCGAGGAGCUGGACUGAGAUGGGCACAUCCCAAGGAAACACCUCCGGGAGAGAACCCGCCACUUAAGGGACAGGACUGAUGAACGUCCAGAGAACCAGGCCCGGGACAGCUGCUCGUUAAGGGGUAGGACUAAUGAACGUCCAGCGAAACCGUGCCAGGAGUGACUCGUUAAGCGAUGGCACCGAGGAGAUCCUGCCUCAUUAAGGGCUGGACUAAGCAAUGUCCGGGAAAUGACACUCUUUAAGGAACAGGACUCAUCAAGGGAGGGGAUUAAUGAGACCCCCAAGGAAGUGGAUUCAGGAGAGAACCUGCUCAUCAGUGAUCCAGACUAAGGAAGACCCAAGGAACCAGGCCCAGAACCGCUUGUUAAGGGCCGGGACUAAAGAACAUCCCACAGACCAGUCCUAGGAAUGACGCUCGCUAAGGAUGGGACUAACGGCAGGGCAAAUACCAUUAGGAGAGAUCUUGAAUUAGUUAAGGGUCUGGGCUAAUGGAGGGCCAGAGAAAGUGGCCCCGGGGAAAGCUGUGCGAUAAGGGAUGGGAGUAACCAGAUCCCAAAAAAACGAGAGACCCUUCUUGUCAAUGACCUGGCUAACAAGCUCCUUGUGCUAAUUAAUGAGUGUUGUUAAUGAAGGGGGCACUAGUUAAUUAAAGUGGGUGCUGAUGGAUGUGGGCAUUUA